CAUAACACUGAAGAACAUCUCCAAGGUUAUCACAAAGGACACUCCUGUUUUACCAAAGCAGAAUGAUUCUGAAAUGGGUGCCAAAAAUCCUGUUCCUGUGAAUGAAAACAAGGAAGAUUUGCGACGGCCUAAACCUAAAGUAUUUAGCAUGGAGCAAGGAACUACCCAAGGGAUCAUGAACAAUCUUAGACAAAAUGCUAAAAAAAUCAGUGAAGCACUCAAUUAUGGUGGAUGGAAAUGGAAUACUUCAUCCACGAGAAUUUGGUUUGGCGUGUCAUUUAGGUGUUCUUUCUCACCUCCCUACCAUUGGGGUCGGAAAGAACCUGCAUCAUGUGGAUGGUCUGAAUCAAUCUGAGGUGAGACUUCAGCUCAAAGAAAACGAGUAUGAGCAAGUUAUCACUUUGGUAGGGAACUCUGGAUUUACUUGGGGAGUAGGAUUCCGUCCAACUCUGAGUUCUCUAAAGCCCAUAUACAUUUCGGUUGGCCAUCGCAUAUCACUCGACUCUGCUGUUGAAAUUGUCAAGAUGACCUGCAACUACCGUGUUCCCGAACCUAUCAGACAGGCAGAUAUGAGAUCAAGAGCAUAUCUCCAGAAGCAUCAAACUGAGCCUUUUAAAAGUACCUGGACUGCGACGACCGGAUCAGGUAGCUUCUGA